AUGUUCCUUCCUCCCAACUCGAUUCAUCAUUUUGCGAAACGUCUUUCCAUUGUUCUUCUUCUAGUUUCAGUUUUGUUCUUGUGGACACCAUACAUUCAUUCUCAACAACAACCACUCGUCACACUUUCGAAUGGAGCAAUAUUACAGGGAAAACUCACCGAGAACAAUCAAGUGAAAGCGUUUCUCGGUAUUCGAUAUGCGUCGGAUACAUCUGGAGCGAAUCGAUGGCAAUUACCUCAGCCCUAUCAUAUCCAGCGAAUAUUACUCCACUCGGCACGAUGUUCAGAAUUUUGGUAA